CCCUGCCUCCCUGCUAUGGAGCAGCUGGUGAAACACCUGUCCAGGUGUCAGCACCUGGGUUGGAUGAACGUGAUUGAGCUGAAGACCGCCUCCAUCCAUUGGCUGUCCUGUGGCCGGAGGACGGAACCUGACAUCUGGAGUAAAAUGUUCUGUAUCCUAUCAGAAUCACGCUUACUAAUGCUGGAUGACCUGGAGGUUCAUCCUCUGCUCCUCACAGAGAGGGCGGAGACUUGCACUGUGUGGUUGCUUAGAUACACGCUCCAUGUGACCUCGGCACCUUCUCGCCCCGCCCACAAAGGUAAGGAAGACGAGACGGGUUCAAGCGGCUGCAGAAGACGGAGACAGACGGACAGACAGACAGGAGCACUGAGACACAGACAGACAGGUGGACCGACAGGUGGACAGAUGAUGGACGCAGACUUUGACUCUUGCGGUGCGAUGGGGGUGCGCAGACAGAGCAUGCCCAGUGCCUCCGCUACCGACACACCCACUGCCAGAGUGACGGGUUUUCUGUCUCGCAGGUUGAAGCAGUCUCUGCGUCGGACUCGAUCUCAGCCCAAACUGUCUCGUCACAGCAGCUUAAAGACCGGGCAGAUCAAUGCAGCUGACACUAGGUGUGUGAUGCGUCGGCUGCAUUGCGGUAGCCAGGAGUCAUUGCUAAGCACUGGCUGCGUAUCGUCUCUCGAGCUCAGGAUGGACCAAUCAGUGAUUAUUAAGCCGGUUCACUCAUCCCUGCUGGGACAGGACUACUGCUUCGAGGUAACAACCUCGACGGGAACAAAGUGUUUCUCGUGUCGCUCGGCAGCAGAAAGAGAUAAAUGGAUGGAGAACCUGCGACGCGCUGUUCACCCCAACAAGGACAACAGCCGGCGGCUGGAGAACGUGCUGACGGUGUGGGUGGUGGAGGCCAAAGACCUGCCCGCCAAGAAACGGUACUUCUGCGAGCUGUGUCUGGACGACAGCCUCUACGCUCGGACGUCCUGUAAGCUGAAAACUGACAACAUCUUCUGGGGCGAGCGCUUCGAUUUCAGCAGCCUCCCACCUGUUGCCUCCAUCACGCUGCACCUGUACAAGGACACCGACCGGAAGAGGAAGAAGGACAAAAGCAGCUACGUCGGGUUAGUCAACAUCCCGGUCGCCACGGUGACUGGCAGACAGCUGGUGGAGAAGUGGUACACACUGAGCACGCCCAGUACAAUCCGAGGUAAGUCGUCUGUGCCAACAGUGAGGGUCAAAGCACGUUACCAGAGUAUCGUCAUCCUGCCGAUGGAGCAGUACAAAGAGUUUGCGGAGUACAUCAGUUCCAACUACCUGCUGCUCUGCUCCACCUUGGAGGCCUCAAUCAGCCUGAGAGCAAAGGAGGAGCUCGCUGCUGCACUCGUGCACAUCCUUCACAGCACGGGCAAGGCUAAGGACUUCCUGGCCGACCUAAUGAUGUCAGAGGUGGACCGUUGCCGUGACAACGACCAGCUGAUCUUUAGAGAGAACACAUUGGCGACCAAAAGCAUUGAGGAAUACCUGAAGCUGAUUGGACAGAAAUACCUACAGGAUGCACUUGGCGAGUUCAUCAAAGCUCUGUACGAGUCUGAUGAGAACUGUGAGGUGGACCCGUCUCGCUGUGCGACCUCUGACCUCGGGGAGCAUCAGGCCAACCUGAGGAUGUGCUGCGAGCUGGCAUUUUGCAAAAUUCUUGACUCAUACAGGGUCUUCCCCCGGGAGCUGAAGGAGGUGUUUGCGUCAUGGCGGCAGGAAUGCGGCAACCGAGGACGGCCAGACAUCAGCGAGCGCCUCAUCAGCGCCUCGCUGUUCUUGCGCUUCCUGUGUCCGGCCGUGAUGUCGCCAUCACUAUUCGACCUGAUGCAGGAAUACCCUGAUGAACGCACAGCGAGAACCCUGACGCUGAUCGCCAAAGUGAUUCAGAACCUCGCCAACUUCAGCAAGUUCGGCACUAAGGAGGAGUACAUGCUGUUCAUGAAUGACUUUGUGGAGCGGCAGUGGAGCAGCAUGCAGCGCUUCCUGCAGGAGAUCUCGAACCCCGAUGGACUGAACCACACCGCCGGCUUCGACGGGUACAUCGACCUCGGCCGUGAGCUGUCUAGCCUGCACACCCUGCUGACUGAGCUCGACCAGUCGUGUCUGUCGAAGCUCGGACCUCUUCCUCGAAUCCUCAGAGAUGUGUCGGCGGCGCUUGCCAAUCCAGGGGGUGUGGCCAGUGUAGGGGGCGUGUCUGUUUCUUCCCCAGAGCCUCAACGUGUAGUGUCUCCGCCCCCUCUCUCCCCAGCCCCCCUGUCUCCGCCCCUUUCUCCACCUCUGGCGACCUGUAAUCCCUCUGUUGGCCUGCAGGGCGGCAUGGGACUUGAUGGAGGCUUGGUGGAUUUCACCAGACUCCCCUCGCCGACUCCUGAGAACAAAGACUUGUUUUUCGUCACUAAAGGGUCGAGUCUACAGCCUGCGUCAGGCAUGCAGGGUUCUCCGGCACCAAGCUCAUCCUACUCAGAGUCCAAUGAGAAUGAGGCACUGUUUGAAAUGACCAAUGGAGGUCGGAGAGAGGGGUCCGAGCUGAACAAUGAGAGCCGCAGCUUGUCUCUGGUGGACCUGCACGACACCUCCCCUGGCGACGGCCUCGACGAUGGUCAGUGGCAGCGCAGGACAGGGCUCCUCCCCUCUCCUUCCAGAAUCCUGUCUAUCACAUGACCCACAUCACCACGGCAGCCACAGCAGCAGCAGCAGCAGCAGCAGCAGGCCGACGCCACACCCUCAGACGGCUCGGUGGGGUCGCAGGGAAACGCAGAUGACAGGAACACCAUGGUGACCAAACCGGCGUUUCUUACCCAGAUGUCAGUGGGGCUGACAGGGGGGGAGAGGGGGGAAAGGAUGUCUGCUAUGUCAAGCAGCAGCAGUGGCGAGGAGUACUCGCGGCGAGCGCUGUCCCUCAGCGAGACACUCACAGGUAGCUCCAUCCCACCCCGGCAGAACUCCUCGGGUCCCCAGAGACGAAUUGAUCAGCCUCCUCCUCCAUCCUCAGCUCCACCCGGACCUCCUCGAGGCCGGACGCCUCCCAGCAUGCUCAGCGGCGGCAGUGGUGCAGGAUCCGCCUACCCCCCACGUCCCACCUCUGGCAGCAUGAUGUCAUCGAGCCCUGAUUGGCCAACCAGCAGCCAGUCACGGCUCAGACAGAUGUCGUCAUCGUCCAAAGGAGAUAGCCCUGAGAAGCAGCGGCCGGCUGCCAAGGCUCCGUCUCCCUGCGCGUUAGACCGUACGGCAGCCUGGCUGCUCAACAUGAACUCCACCUCCUCCUAUGGUGAGGCUGAGGAUGAUCGCCAUGACGACAGCCUCGUGGAGAAGUACCAGCAGGAGAUUGCGUUACUGCAGGAGAAGUUGCGCGUUGCUGCACUGCGUCAGGAGGAGUGUGAAGCACGUCUGAUGGUCCAGGAUCAGCAGAAUCAGCGCAUGCUACAGGAGUACCAGGCUCGUUUGGAGGACACAGAGAGUCGGCUAAGGAGACUGCAGGACGACAAAGACCUGCAGAUGAACAGCAUCAUCAGCAGGUUGAUGGCGGUGGAGGAGGAGUUAAAGAAGGAUCACUCUGACAUGCAGGCUGUGGUUGACUCAAAGCAGAAGAUUAUAGAGGCACAGGAGAAGAGGAUUGCGAGUCUUGACGCAGCAAACACUCGUCUGAUGGCAGCUCUAACUCAGCUGAAGGAGCGUUACGCCGUGACAUCACAGAGGAACGGCCUGUCUCCGAGCAACACGUCAUCGCUGCAGAUCACCGAGAACGGAGAGUUCCGCAACUCUGGCAACUGCUGAGCUCUAACUGGCUGUACUGCAAGGAGAGGGAGGGGCUUAGCCUUAUGAGCCCCCUAGAGGCGGGGCUAACCCAUAGACUUUUACAGAUGAACCUCUGACCUUAAUCCACCCCUCAUUUCCUGUUUUUGUUUUGCACGUUUUCUCUUUAACUAGUUCAGAGUAUGACAUCAUAUCCCGUUUACGUUUUGGUACUUCCUGUUACGAAUCAGAAAAACAGUCCCAAAACCAAAAUGGACAUUUUAUGACUUUACACGACAUGAAGCGACCCCACCUGUACGUGGCUCCGGGCUGGAGGAACAUAUUUAUUGUUUUAGGCGCUUUGACUUUCGAUUGUAGACAGAGCCGCCUCACGGAAACCUCCUCAUCCCGGUUAGCCUAGCUUAGCACAAAGACUGGAAGCAGCACCACAACUCCAAGUGAUUGUGUUGGCCCCUCAGGGCUUCCGUACCUUUGAGUAUUUUGGUCACAUGGGCGAGGCGUGGGAGAGUUAGAGAUGCUAGUUUGUUGUUUCAGAGAAUACUGAUUUUAAUGUAAACACCAGAUUUUAUUGUAAAGCGGUCCAAACUUUAAAUUGUGAUGAAUAGUUUGUGAACACGUGCACACACACGCACGCACACACACACACACACACUCUCUCGCUCAGACUGUCUCUGCUGUGCUCACUGUGGCUUCUGUCUCCGUGUUUAUGUUUCCUCUUAUUGUUAUUUAUCCACGUUGGUAUUUAUAGAGACGCUCCAAUAAACUAAUACACCGUCUACCUGCUCAUCACACACAGAGACGUGCAUGUCAAUAAAAAGCUUUUAUUCAUGCAGACAGCUCAAAGGUCAAUGGUAAACAGGAAGUGAGGUCACAGGGCCUGUAGAUAGCGCUGGAGUGGGCUGAUGGACCAGUAUUCGUACUCCCAGCCCAGAUACCAGCUGGUGAAGGUCGGCGGUUCGAAUCCCUGCUUCACUGUCACGAUGGGGGUUCGAGGGUCACGAUUGGCUGGGUCACUCUCGAUGUAGCACUCAGCUGCAGGAAAAGAAAAAAGUUUUAUUUCAAACGCCUCAAACAUCACAGUAACGAGUUUAGAGUUUAAACGACAACUGAACUGAUCCUUCGAGAUGUUAGACAAGUUCAGAGCAGAGGACAUCAGACACAUGGCCAGGUAACGCCCACUCUAGCCUCCCGUCCGUCUCACCUGAUGUCACCGCCUGAGUCUUCUCCUCCUCCUGAGCUUCGUUUCCAAUCCAAACGAACACCUGCAGCAGGACGCGUGAUGUGAGGACAUUGAAGAGACGCAGACAUCUUUAACUGUAUAAACAGAAGGAGACGCUCACUUGGUCCCAGGUAUCCAAGAUCAUGACAUCAUCAGGAGCGAGAUCAUCCUGCGUCAGCUCACCUGGAACUUCAUCUACCUAAACACACACAGAUUCACCUGUGAGGAUUCGUUUAGCACUGAGCCUGGUCUGAGGUCAACACACCAACAUUCAGCCUCUUCCACAGCGCGUCUUUGUCCCGCGCUCCUCCCCUCACACCCAGACAGUGACAGCAGACGGCCGGUCCUCUGCUUUUCUGUUUUAUUGUCUGUACUUUACAGUCUAAAGUGUAUUUAGCCGACUGUUGUUGUGAUUUUGUGCACUGUAAUUAAAACUGAAUUGAAUGAGGAUAUAAUAAAGUCUAGCCUCCAGGUGUCUCUGGA